UUGCUUUUGUUAAUUUUAUUCUUUAGUACUCACAAAAUAACUCAAAAGUACAAAAAGAGAUAAUUCUCAACCUUACACGAGAAUAUUGUCGCCCUUUUUCUGCGAAUAUAAUCCAAUUAAAAAGUUUACUUUAUAGCCUAUAAAAAAAAUUUAUAUUUCCCCAGAUGAAAUUGAGACUGACAAUGAGACAAAAUGCACGCAUGCGCAGUAGUACCAGCUCGUCGAAUACGAGUGGUAAAGCUUUUUCUCGAGCCUGGGGGGAACAUCGCGUUACACAGCUCUCGCAGUUUCACGCAUUUUUCGAAGGAAUUUACCGUAGAAAAUUAUUGGAGAUAUAUACAGCUACAGUAUAUCGCAUAAUACCUAAUACCGGAAACGAAAGCAGGUAAUAAAGGAAGCAAAAGGGUGGAGAGCAACGCUCAUAAAGAAAAAAAGAUACUGACGCAUGACGUGAAGAAACACAUCGACGAUACGCCAAGCUGCCAUCAACGCGCUUCUCUAUGAGAAGUAUAUUUUUCGAGUGUAAUUAUCCAAAGUAAAUUUCUUCACGAAUGGACAUUUAUAAUAGAUAACAAUGGAAGGCCCAUUAGAAAUAAAGAACUCCAGUGCAGUUGUGGAGGAGCCUAUAAAAUCUGAAGUUCUCGUACAAAAUUCUGAUAAUAACGAGCGAAGCGAUGCAGCUUCUCCACCUCCAAAUUGUAGCAUUUGUUUGGGAAAACUAGUUAAUACAUCUUUCACAGACAGUUGCCUGCACCAAUUUUGUUUUACUUGCUUACUUCAAUGGUCCAAAAUUAAGACAGAAUGUCCUUUAUGCAAGCAAACAUUCAAAUCAAUUAUACACAAUGUAAGAUCAGAAGAAGAUUAUGAUCAAUAUCAUGUACCUCGUGAAUUAGCAUCGCAAAUUCCUCAGCCACAAGUAACUGCUACUUUGGAUGUCAACUUUGAUGUUGAUUGGGAAUCUGCUCCUCGUCGAUUUGUUUACAGAACAACAAUGACUGGCAGUCGUCGACACGGAGUGUUAUUGAAUCCAGAGCAGGUUACAAGACGUGAGCAAUUACCUAGUAUGGCACCUCAAGUGCCUAGAGAAGAACGUAGACGUAGGCGUGCUAAUCCUACAGAUUAUCGUCGUACAGUUUAUAGGCAUGGUAUAUGGGCUACUUCAUUACCUGACAUAUUUGGGCGUUUCCGUGAAUGUAGCGCUGAUUAUUAUAGAAGACAACCACAAGAAUUAGAUCGUCUUAUACCAUGGUUAAAUAGAGAGUUGCAAGUUUUACUUAAUAAUGAACCGACUCAUGUUGCUUAUGUGUUGAGUAUAAUAAUGGAGGCCUUAACUCAAUAUGAUAUUAGAAGUCCAGAAUUUCGGAAUAUUGUUCGACCCUUUUUCGCUAUACAUACGGAUCAUUUUGCACACGAAUUGUUAAAUUUUGCCCAAACCAACUUUGAUUUGGUUGGAUAUGAUCAAUCUGUUACUUAUUUGCCACGUGGUUUAUCAAAUGAGUAUGCAACUCGUAUUGAAUCACCUACAUCCAGUAGCAGUAGCAGUAGCAGCAGUAGUCUUGUCUUUGACAACUCUGAUGUACGAAUACUUGCUGAAGCAAUUGAUUUGAGAAUAAACGCUGAGAUGCCGAAUACCUUGGCACAUCCUAUUAGCAUGCCAGGUCCUAGUGCAGCAGGACAGAUGUUUCACAGAGUAGAAACAUCUAAUACUGUACCAGAACUGUUAAUCGUUUCAUCGAGUUCCUCUGAAUCAGAUGGCGAUUGUGAAAUAAUUGGUUACGUAAAACCACGUCAUGAAAGAACACCAGAAAUCAUAGAGUUACUUUCUUCUGAUACUGAGCAUGUGUGUUUUUCUCAUACAUUGAAUGGAAAUAUGCAAUCAACUACAAGAAGAACACAUUUGGAAAAUACAUCAUUACCAAGUACGUCUUAUGUCAAGGAGGCGAAAGAAUCAUCUUCGUCAUCUUACUCAGUGUCAAGUACUGAUGUUUUAUCUGACAGUGAUAACAAUCCGAGACCAAGUAGACGAAACCGUUCGAAGAAAUCAGGGAAAAAAGCACAAAAGUAUAAAAGAUCAGAUGGGACAGGAAGCCGGAAUAAAUCAUCUAAGAAAAAGAGAAUAUCCAGUUCUAGUGAUUCCAGCUCAUCUGAAAGUUUAUUAAAGAAAUAUAAUGAAAAACGAUUGAGAAAGCCAAGAUAUAGAGUACAGGCUAAAGGUACAAGACGAAUAAAACUUAUUAAAAGAGAAGAAAGCUAUUCAGAUGAGGAUUCAUCUAGUGACAGUAGCAGCACAGAGACUGAUAACAAAAUGAAAACCAAGAAGUGUUACAGAGAAUAUAAAUCGAAAAGAGAUUGUUCCUCUAGCAUAACAAACGAUCAUACAGUGAAAAGUGGAAAAAUAACGAGAAAUAAAGAGAAAACUUUCAAUUUGGAAAAGUUAAAGUCUAAGAAUAAAGAUCUGAAGUGCUGCGAAAACAGACAAUCUAGAUCUAGAAGUAACAGUAUAUCUUCUAACGCUUCUGAACGAGAUAAAAGGCCGAAUCAUAAGCACCGGGAAUGUCGAAAUACAAACGAGUUUGGAAGUCAAGACGACAGUGCCUCAAUAAAUAAAGAUAUGUCAAGAAGUGAAUAUAAGUCUAAAUCAAAAAAGAAAAUUUGUUAUUCUUCAGACUCGGAAGAUGAUUGUUUAAGAUCUUGUAGUCAGUGUAGUGAUUAUUCCAAUAAAUCCUAUUCGCAUUGGAAAAAAUCAAAACGUAAAGAAAAAUAUAAAGAUAAGGAGCGCUAUAGAUCCAGUAGCAGAAUAUUUAAUUUAUCGCAAUCCAAUGCAAGUACAAUUUUAACAAUGUCUAUAUCUUCGAAAAAUGACAUGUAUCCCACGAAACAUUCCGAUCGUAACGGUUCCGAUUGUAAAGAAAAACAUAAAUCACGCAAAGAAUCUAAAUAUAGAAAAUCCGAAAAUGAAAAAAAGUCGAGACCAAAGAAAAAGAAGCGACGUCUUCAAUCUUCUUCCACUUCGGGAUAAUAUCACAUACGAUUUUUGUGUUAGUUAAUACUAUAAAAUAAAUUUUAAUUUAAGAAAAUGAUAUUCAAAUUUUUAUAAAAUAUACGUAAAUAGAAUUUAAUCAAAUUAAUUUCAUAUUAUUGUAGUUUGUACCAUUCUGUUUGUAGACGUUCCCCAUCAUGAUGCUAAGAUCAUUUUAUGAUUGUUAUU